CAUCAUUAAAUCAUUUGAUACCAUUAUUGUUUUUCAAAACAAACUACGACAAUACAAAAACUAUUUAAAAACAUUGAUUUCUUUACUAAUCGGCCUUGUUUGGGUUAUAUGACUAUUUUGUAAAGAAAGCUUAGAAAACGUUAUUGGCUACCAGACUGUGUGGGAGUUUUGAAGGAUUGAAGUUUUACAGCAGAGCGCGCCACUGGAAUACGCAAUGAUUUGUGUCGGACAAGCCUGACGCGUCGACUGACUUCACAGCGGUUAAGGUAUCUUCUGGUACUUGUGUUUCUUAAAGACUUCCCGAGAAAGAAGAAUUUCCUUGAACUUUCUUCGAAAUUGCCAACUUGGAGUUCGUUUUAAUAGUCUACAGGCAAACGGCAUWAAAAAAAAACAAGACAAGAAGCGGCAGGACCGGAGAUGACAGAAUAAAAGGACGAAAAAAAUAAUCACUUAACCCUCCAUCACCAGCUUAAAAUAGUCGGAUUAAAAGAGCAGCCCCCUUUUGACCUGGAAAUCAUCGCUUUGAGAUCAACAGAAUCAAAGAUGUUUACCGGUGUACGAURGUCAAUCAAACAUUAAGGAUGAAUGAAACUGCUGCUGGAGUUAUGGCCAACUACACAGACAGUGACGAAACUUAUAAAAAUUACAUUCGUGUCCAGCUGGCAUCGGCGGUAAUCUUAGUUGUACUAAGUCCUAUAACUGUAGCAGCUAAUUCUCUUCUUUUAACGGCUAUCUACAAAGAUCCUCUACGCUGUUUCAGGACUCCUACGACCUAUUUCAUUGUAGGACUCGCUUUAUCAGACCUAUUCACUGGGUUACUUGUGGAACCAUUUUUUAUCAUGAGGUACAUAGUACAGUACAAGCAGUGUGGAUGGCAAAUGGCCUGCAAGACACCGGAUAUUUUUCGAGCUCUUUAUCGUGUUGGGGGGAUUAUUUCUACAAUAGCAAUCAGUUCUUCAUUCAUGGUUGUACUCGCUUUAUCGAUCUCGCAGUACAUAGCCGUGACUUUUCCGCAUAAAUACAAAAAGGUUGUCACUAAGUACCGCGUUAUAUGGAUCGUGGUUUUAAGCUGGCUCUAUUUCAUUGUGUUCAGCCUACUACAAUUUUCUGGGAUCAAUAUGUACACAUAUUUACAAAUCGACUUAAUUUUACACGCCUCUUUGAUUUCUCUGUUACUUGCUAUUAUCCAUUCGUUGCUUUUUUUCUCGUUUCGGCGUCACUUAAGUCGAAGAUAUACGUGGCGUAGAAGGAGUUUUUAUGCUAAAAACGAUGGCCAACGCAAAGGAAGCACCAAGGACAAAAAUCGACAGAACGAACGCCAAUUCACUAUAGUGACUUUCUAUUUGGCGGGGAUUCUACUGGYAUCAGCGACUACUCACUCUGUUGUGUUGUACGUAUAUUUUUACCAUAAGGAUCGAUCUUACAAAGCUGACAUUGAUAUACACAUUCUUCUUCGGAUCAGCGAUAUGAUGUUAUUUCUAAAGGUCGCGUUGGAUCCCUUUAUUUACGCUUGGAGGUUGCCUGCUUAUAGGAAGGCGUUGAAGUACACAUUGGUAACACAGACUAGGCAGUGUCUGUCAAAUCAGAAAGAUGGGCGCCUGACUUUCUURAUGAUGCAGGAACUGAGCAGAAAGAAAGAAAUAGCAACAGGAUAAAUGGUAUUAAUCAUUGCUCAUGACUUACUUCUAUAUUUACUAGCGCAAUUUUUUUUCCAAGUAUCUUSGAGCUAAAAAGAAAGAAGAGGUCUAAUAAGCAAAAUGGAUUUAGUUUGUUUUUUACGGUGAAAAACAAACGCAAAUCGCAUAAUUGAAGGUAGCUUUUUUCGCGCGCGUAAUUCGCGCGGCAAAUCCCACAGUAGUCGAACCUUUUUUACGAUUACCCUUUAUAAGCAGUUGUCAUUAUCGAGUCGUAUAUUUUGAAACAAAAUUUCCGUUUCAGUAAAAGAUUUUUCUUCAAGCUAUUUU